CCUGCUUUAUAUACCAACAAGCUAACAUGACCGGGCAGAAAAAAACCUGCGAAUACAAGUUCCACACAGAGUUUCAAUCGCAUGAGCCGGAAUUUGACUAUCUAAAAUCGCUAGAGAUCGAAGAGAAGAUCAACAAGAUAAAGUGGUGUAGACGACAGAAUGCAUCCCACUUCCUGCUUUCGACUAAUGAUAAAACGAUAAAGUUAUGGAAGGUCUUUGACAAGUCGCUCAAGGUAGUCGCCGAGAACAAUCUGUCGCAUGAUUUGACGCCCGCAAAUGCCGUUGGCGGCGGAGGAGGGUUGCCGCGGGCGCCCCGGAUCCCUCUGAAGGAUGCGUCGGCGUUGAAGCUGCCCAGGAUGACCCACCAUGAUACCGUCGUGGCCGCCGUGCCUCGACGAACCUAUGCGAAUGCGCACGCCUACCACAUCAAUAGCAUAUCCGUCAACAGUGAUGGCGAGACGUUCAUCAGCAGUGAUGAUCUCCGCGUCAACCUGUGGAACCUCAACAUCCAAGACCAGAGCUUCAACAUCGUCGAUAUCAAGCCCGCCAACAUGGAGGAGCUGACGGAGGUCAUCACCGCCGCUGAAUUCCACCCGACAAGCUGCAACUGGUUCAUGUAUGCCAGCUCCAAGGGCACCAUCAAACUCGCCGACAUGAGACAGCGGGCUCUGUGCGACGAGCAUCAGAAGCUGUUUGAGCAAGAAGAAGAUGCAUCAUCUCGUUCCUUCUUUUCCGAAAUCAUUUCGUCCAUCUCCGACGUUCGCUUCUCCCACGACGGCCGCUACAUCGUUUCUCGCGACUACCUGACCGUUAAGAUCUGGGAUGUCAACAUGGAGCGACAGCCCGUCAAGACGAUUCCUAUCCACGAACACCUGCGACCGCGUUUAUGCGACACAUAUGAGAACGACAGCAUCUUCGAUAAGUUUGAGGUGGUCUUCUCGGGCGACGCCGAGAACGUGAUGACCGGCAGCUACAACAACAACUUCAUGAUUUAUCCGACGGACUCCAGCAAGGAGACGGAGAUCGUCCUGCAAGCAGACAAGUCUGCUUUCAAGGCGAAGAAGAUCGAUUUCAACAAGAAGAUCCUGCAUAUGAGCUGGCAUCCCUUCGAGGACAGCAUUGCCAUUGC